GGCAGGAAGGGAAGGGAGCUGCGUCUAGUGGCGGGCGGGAUUCGCGUUCCGACACCCACGGGAGCACGAAGUUUCCUCGCACCCUCACGCGCACAGCGACCGGGACCGUCCAGUGUCCGUCUCUUUGCCCUCGGGUACCUGUAGAGGAUCGUGCUACGUGUGGCCGGCGGCCACGCGGAGGCAACGAGGCUCAACUCAGCAGGACAAAGUGGGGCAGUCAUCUUCUAAACCACAAAACCCGGCCAGGACUGGCUACUCUUCUCAAUCAAGAAGGCAGCCAGAACGUAGUUUUGGCCUUCAACUGCUAAUGAGUGAUAUCAACUCAUCCGUGGAAAGCCUUAACUCAGCUUGCAACAUGCAGUCUGACACUGACACUGUGCCACUUCUUCAGAAUGGGCAGCAUGCUGGCAACCAGCCAGCAGCCUCUGGCUCUCGCGGCCAGCAGGCGCAGGCGUCGCCAAAGCAAAAAGUGCAACGGUCCCAACCUGUUCAUAUUCUGCCUAUCAGGUGGGCCCAGAGAAGUGAGCUUUGGAUUUUUCAAAGGAGGAAAGGAAGGAGAGGUGAAGCCGCAGAAGUGCCCAGGAGUUCAGAGGAGAUAAUGAAUCGGCGCGCUCAGGAGGAAGACCAGCAGCUGAGAACUUCUUCUCUUCCGGCCAUCCCCAAUCCGUUUCCGGAGCUCUCUGGUGGCCCUGGAAGCCCUGCCGUGGCCGCUGCUGCUGCCGCCGCGGCCGCUGCUCCUCCGAGCAACGUGCCGCCGCCUCCGAGCAAGCCACCUACCAAGCAGGAUGUCAAAGUCUUUAGUGAAGACGGGACAAGCAGGGUGGUGGAGAUUCUGACUGACAUGACUGCCAGGGACCUGUGCCAGUUGCUGGUUUACAGAAGUCACUGUGUGGAUGACAACAGCUGGACUCUGGUGGAGCACCACCCCCAACUGGGAUUAGAGAGGUGCCUGGAGGACCAUGAGAUUGUGGUCCAAGUGGAGAGCACCAUGCCAAAUGAGAGUAAAUUUCUGUUCAGAAAGAACUAUGCCAAGUACGAGUUCUUUAAGAAUCCAGUGAACUUCUUCCCGGAUCAGAUGGUGAACUGGUGCCAGCAGCCCAAUGGCAGCCACGCUCAGUUUCUGCAGAAUUUUCUGAACACCAGCAGCUGCCCUGAGAUCCAAGGGUUCCUGCAGGUGAAGGAAGUUGGGAAAAAGUCUUGGAAGAAGCUGUACGUGUGCCUGCGCAGAUCUGGCCUUUAUUACUCCACCAAGGGGACUUCAAAGGAACCAAGACACCUGCAGCUGCUGGCUGAUCUGGAGGAGACCAGCAUCUUCUAUGUGAUUGCUGGGAAGAAGCAGUACAAUGCGCCCAACGACCAUGGGAUGUGCAUCAAGCCAAACAAAGCGAAAGUUGAGAUGAAGGAGCUGCGUCUGCUCUGUGCCGAGGAUGAUCAGAUCCGUUCUUGCUGGAUGACAGCCUUCAGACUGCUCAAGUACGGAAUGCUCCUGUACCAAAACUACCGCAUCCCGCAGCAGAGGAAGGCUCUGCUCUCUCCUUUCAACACACCUAUGCGCAGUGUCUCUGAGAGUUCUCUGGUGGCAAUGGAUUUUUCUGGACAAAUUGGAAGAGUGAUCGAUAAUCCGGCUGAGGCCCAGAGUGCUGCCCUGGAAGAGGGCCAUGCUUGGCGCAAGCGAAGCACUAGGAUGAAUGUUCUGAGCAGCCAAAGCCCUCUUCAUACUUCUACUCUGAAUUCAGUGAUUCACAGGACUCAGCAUUGGUUUCAUGGACGUAUCUCCCGCGAGGAGUCUCACCGUAUCAUCAAGCAGCAGGGACUCGUGGAUGGGCUGUUCCUCCUGCGUGACAGCCAGAGCAAUCCGAAGGCAUUUGUGCUGACACUGUGCCACCACCAGAAGAUUAAGAACUUCCAGAUCCUACCCCAAUGCGAGGAUGAUGGGCAGACCUUCUUCACUCUGGAUGAUGGGAACACCAAGUUCUCCGACCUGAUCCAGCUGGUCGACUUCUACCAGCUCAACAAAGGUGUUCUGCCCUGCAAGCUGAAGCACCACUGCAUCCGCGUGGCCUUAUGACCUCCUUGCCCUAUCACAGAGGCUGGAGGCAGCAACACUGGAACGGAGAAGAGAGGCCUGCAUGAGGGUGAAAACACACACCUACUCCCACCCACGGACUCAGACAACACAAAGCUUUUUUGAUCGGUACCAACCGACCAACAUCAAUUAGUUAUUGGACUUCACCAAGAUUUACCGCUGCGGAUCAAGCAGGACCACCUCCCUCUUGCGUCAGCCAUUUAAAUGGGGGGGAGGGAAGAGAUCCAGUGCAAGUGUGGGAAGAAACUGGAAUGACAAUUUUGAUUAGGCCAUGUGAGGGUGAAAAACCGCAGAGAAGUGAUUGGAAAUGAACUCUUGCCCUGGAAUAAUCUUGACAUUUCAAACCGCGAUGUUUACUUUUUUGUAUUGAUCACUCUUUUGCACUCCUUCUUCGUUGUUAAUGUUGUACUCAGCCUAUGGUAGGAGAGAGAGGAUGUGGCUUUGCAACCCAGAUGAGACAGAGAAUUUUUGAAUUGGCAGACUUCAGCCUGAAAAAAUGGUUCCCCAAAGUUUUCUUGAGGGCAUCCUGCUUGCCACAGGUUGCCACAGUGUGGAUUUGGCUCCUCCUACAUUUAGAGACCCCAGUCUUUCCCAUUAUACUUGAAAAGCUUUUGGUUUUUAAAAAAUAAACUAACAAAAUACAAGGUGUCAGUUGUGGUUGACACCAAGCAUGUUUUGUGGCUUUAGUCAAGCUACCACAAGUCUGGUCGUUGUUGUUGU